CUCCCCCCUCCCCGCCGCCUCCCCUCACCUUCUCUCCCCGAUCCAGAUCCACACGCCACCGCCGCCCCUCAUCUCCCUCGACGCCUCCCAUCCCCACCGACGACCUCGAUGUCCUUCUUCCCCUCCCCUCCCGCGCGGAUGCACGCAACCACGAGAGCACCAGCCCCUCCAUCCGUCUCCCCGCGCGCGCGAGUAGCCGGAGGAGGUCUUGAGCGGGCGGCAAAUGCGAUAGGAGGCAGAGAUGGGGUCGAGGACCAAGGAGUACUGCGGGUGGCUCAUCGUGGCGCUGGUGCUGGCGCUCGUCGGAGCCGCCCGCCCGACUCCGCCGCUGACCUCGCCAUCUUGUCCACUCUGGCCACGACGCGGCGGGCGGAUCCAGGCCGUGCGAGCGAGACGGCGGCCAGAUCCUCGACGGCGAGGACACGCAGCGGUCCCUGCCGGCCAAAUCAGCCACCUCUCUCACCAUCGACGGUGCGUGCUCAACGCCGAGAUCCGCCGCGCCAAGGCCAAGCUCCUCGAGGAGGAUCCACCCAAGCUACACGCCGGCCACAACCCCCCACCAGCGAAUCUUCUCGGGCGGAUUCGCGUCCUCCUCCCAAAGCAGUCGUCCCCGGCGAGCCCUCCUAGUGGCCAGAGGAGGUGGAGGAGAACUUCACCCCUGCCUCCUCUCCCCCAACACGUGGGCCACAACCCUUCCCUUGGCGCGGCGCAGGGGAGUGGCCCUGCCCUCGCCGACGAGGGCCGUCAUGGGCUCCAACCGCGCCCUCUUGCCGGCGGACUGCUGGUCAUGUCAGCCACCGGCAGCAUCUCCCAAGGUGAAGUGCGAAUCCAAGUUCGAAGCUGUGAAGCAUAUCAACAAAGACUAGAAUAUUAUGUGUUGUAAAUGUAGGUAGUAGUAGGCUUAUCUGGGCUAUAGUAUACUGUAACAUUUGUAAUAGACUAAUGUUGUGUUGUUUUGGACGAAUUUCAUUUGCUAUUUGGAUUGUUUGAAAUAAUGAUUGUGUAUGUGAUUUGAAUACCCGUCAAAUGGAAACCUGACAAGGGGGUCCAAGUUAUAAUGGCUGUUUGACAGAUUUUGAAA